ACAGGAAGUCCAGGAAGGAAGCCGACCAGUCGUUGCCACCGAGAGUCGACAUUUACUCCAGGCAAACGAGAUACUGUAGCGUUAAUGGAGGCUUGCUGUCUUUAACUUUAGCUUCAGCUUAGGUAGUAUUGAGAAAAGCCGUCUGUGGUCACAAAGCGGCCAUGGAGUGGACAUGUUGGAAGCCACUUUUCGUCAUUCUGUCCGUUUUAGCAGUCACGUUGGCCCGAGUGGCACCCCCAAGCAAUGUGAUUCUGCACUGCGGGAAUCUGAUCAACAAGCUGUCGUGGGGCUACGACCACCAGCCCACAGGACUCCGGUUCCGGGUGGAUAUUGGCAGAAUGUUCUCUUCUGAUAAGAUUCCCCCGCUGUGGGUGGACCUGCCCGACCUCCAGGCGAACGUGUCCUUUCUGUCGAACCAGAUGGAUGACUACUUCCUGUCUGUGACUGCCGUCCUCGACAAUGAAGAGUCUGAGCCCGCUCCCGCUGACGGCAUCUCCUUCAGCUACGACGUGAACUCUCCUGCCCAACAGAAAUGUUCUUUAGACCUUCCACCUGUGACCAUGUUUGAACAGCAGGACCACUUUCUGCUUCUCAACUUCCAGCAUCCGUGGCUGAUAUACCAACAUGGCCUUCCUCGCCGCUUGGACUCCAGACGCAAGAGGAAGAGGAGACACGAGCAGCCGGACAACCAUCUGCCAAUCUUCAAAUAUGACGUCACCCUCGAUGAGAAGGAGUUUGCCAACCUCCACUGCAUUGAGGAAGUGUGCCAAGACAAGCUGCCCGUGCCGGGCGGUCCGCAGCAACACUGCGCCACCAUCAGGGGAGUACUGGAGAAGAUCAGCGUUUACGGCACGCAAGACUACUGCGCUCUGCCUAUGCAGGAAAACAAAAGUAUAGUCAUCCCUGUGGUGGUGUCACUGCUGCUCGUGGCUGCAAUCUCCACCGUCCUCAUUAUGAUCUGCUGGAAAAAGGCCAGACCCUCGUCCGAGCUGCCGGCCUCUCUGCGCUUUGACGGAAUCAAAGAGGAGACUAGUCCGGAGCCAGAGCCUAUGAGGGCUUCCAGAUCAACUACCCCGCUGCUGGUGACAGCGGAGUCCGAGUCUGAACCGUCCGGCGAGCCCGAACCGUCCGGCGAACCCGAACCGUCCAGUGAGAAUGAUGCGUAUGACAUAGAAGAGGAAGAUCAACAGGCAUAUUUGGACGGAGAGCAAAUAGAGGAAGAUGAGGAAAUUUCAAAUGACCACGCCUACGAAAGACGCAACAUUGUGGCGAGGCUGUCGCUUGACGAGGAUGCAGAAGGCUACCGUUGACGGUUUGACUUUUCAUAACUGUCUUUGGAAGAUAAGCACCUUAGCGCAAUAUCUAUUAGAAACAUUAAAAGGUCAACAGUGCUUGAAUCCCCUCAAUAGAAACCCUUAUGACAGCAUUAGCUUGGAAAGGUGACACGAAGUGAAGAUUUGCGCUCCACUGUAUCGCUAAGCUCUCUUUAAGUUCUCAAACUCCUAAACCAAGUAUUUCUAAAGACUACCUAAUCAAUUUUACACACAUUUAAGCAGUUAAAAUUGCAAAUGAAUAAUGUAGGGCUGCAGCUAUCGAUGAUUUUAGUAGUCAAUUAAUUGAAGAACAACAUAGUUCGAAUAAUCGAGUAAUCGGAAAAGGAACAUAAAAAAUUAAAAUACCUGAGCUGAGCCUCAAACGGUAUAAAAAAAUAAAUAAAUGAGGAUCUAUGUACAACAAAAGAACAAUUGGCUAACUUACAUAGUAAAAGUCCGAUAGCUUAAAUACUAUAAAAUGCUAGCGUUUUUGUUUUUUACCAUGCUCUUAACAAAUGGUUCGAACACCUAUGCCCACAAAAAAAUGGCUAAAUAUACCUAUAAACUAAAUUAAAAAAAAACAUUAGCGCAAACAAAAACUUAGCUUAUGUUGGUCUUAACAGGGAGCAGCUGGAUUCAGCCAUGUGAAAUGAGGCGGACUAGAGGGCAGUGUAUUCAACCAAAUCAAUACAACUAAAUGCAAACACUUUCAAAACAAACCAUUACAACGCCACUUUAAUUAAACGAAUACUCGAAGCAGCAAAAUUUAAUUCGAAUAUUUUUUUUCUAAUCGAAUGCUCGAGUUAAUCGAUUAAUCGUUGCAGCACUAGAAUAAUGUAAAAUACAACAACAACAAAAAAACCUGGUUGUCAAACAUUUAUUUCAUUGAAUUAUAUUGCAAAACAAGCGAAUUUUAACAAGCAGACUACAGGCUGAAGACUUUGCGUGCAUGCCCUCUUCUGGCUUACUUGUAACCCAAAGGCGCUGUGCGCACAUAGGAUUUGUGUAUAGUUGUGAGUUAGUAGGCCAGUUGAGGGCCUGCUGUCUAGCUCGUAACCUAGAGGCAAAGCAGGCACCAAUAAGUCUGUAAUUAAUUUAAAAAAAAACAUCCGGCUACAAGGUUUGAUAGAUGCUAAACAGCUGCAAAUUUCGAUUUGUUCAUGAAUGACGGAGGAGUAGGAUUACAUACAUUGCCAAUGGGUUUUCCCAUUGGCACUGUAUCAAAUACUUGUUCUCCCCACUGUAGUUAGCGUCCACAAGAACAACAACCCGAGUGGCGACUUGACAGGUCGUCAGCCUGUAAGAGUUAAACACUAGAAGAUAAAGUGUAGUAAAGAUUCAAAAGGACAUCUAUUGCUGUUAGUCGCAAUAAUGACUUUUUUUUUUUUUUUUUUUUAAAUUAGUUUGAUGAAUAAAUGUAAUUAUGUAUAUAUUUUUAAUACUUUUUUUACUUUGUUUUGUAAUUUGCUCUGAAAUGAGCAUUGCCCAUGUAAUUAUGUAUCGUUAACCUUUCCAAUUGUGGAAGCAGCACUUUGUUCAGUACACCAUUAACAUGAACCAAGGGCGUAGGUUUGAUCUCAAUAUUGGUAGGGCUGAUAUUAGAGGUGUGCAAAAUUUCCGAUUCUUAGAUUAUUCGCGAUUCGGCCGUGGAAGAUUUGAGAACGAUUCACAAACAUCCAAAUUCCGAUUAUUGAAAUAUGCCAAGUAAAGCGGAAGUACAACACACAGCGCGCCGCGCGGUCAAUGAGCAACGGAGCGAGAGUAGCUAAACAUCAUGCUUCUCAUUACCCGGCCCCUCGGGAAAUGCCAAUGCUCAACUCACGACUCUAGCUCAACUCAUGCCACGAGAUAAAAAAACACAACAACAUACCUGACUGCUGCUGAAAAGCUGCUACAGAAGUACGUCAUCCACAUAAUGUUAAGGUAGACAUCAUUUAUAUAGGACUAGAUGCACUACGGUAGCGGUAGCAUUACCAGCACAUCUACAAAAAGCUAGAUGCGGAUGUAGUAAACGGCCGCCAUCUUAAAGCAGUACACUUCCCUGCAAGGCUGUUGUAGCGAACCUUCCAAGCAAACCUAAUUAACUUUUUAUCUAAAAUACUCCUAAAUCGGUAAAAUAUUGACUUGAAUCUAUCUUUAAAAUAGUUUUAAAACUUUCACAUGUCGAAAGUAGACAAAAGGGAAAUUAUGGAUUAACGGGAGCAAUUUUAACAACUUUAACGGUUGAUUCACAACAUUAAAUUAAUUGAAUGUAGUUUAAAGCUGCUGAUACAGAAUGGGGACUGGAGUUUUUUUAUUUACUGUUAAUUUUGUAUAUUUGUUUACUGCUAUAUGUUAACUUGAUACUGAAAUAGUAGUUUGGUUUAGCCUGAGAGUAUUUUUGAACAAUUUUGGAACUAAUAUACAAAACAUAAAAAAAAAAAAAAUUAAAAAAAAAAAAAAAGGAGGGGGGUGCAUCAAUAAUCGUUUUAGAAUCGAAUCGGAGCAUAUGAAUCGUAAUCGAAUCGUUAGGUGCCCAAAGAUUCCCAGCUCUAGUUGAUAUAAUAGCACCACCUGCAUGUAUACUUUUUGCUAAAAUAAGACCAAACACACUGUGUAAACGGCGGUCAGGGCUACAUUUCUCACCAAUAAGAACCUAAUUAAUUGAUAGGCUAAAUGAUUAAUGCAAAAUAAAUCUGUAUUGAUUUAUACUAACUUUCACACUGCAAAUUUACAUGAUAACAUCUUAAUCUGAUAAUUUUUCGUGAAUCUAGUCGAAUAAUUUUCUUCAUUGUGUUUUGAGUUUUAAAGGCUAGUUAACAGAUUAAUGUGUCAGAUUCUUCCGAUUACUUUUAGUAAAUAUUACCAUUUGUUCUUAAGACCAAAAAUCUUUCACCAAAUCAAGAAAAAAAUGCUUUCAAAUAAUGUUUUGAAAAAUAUUUAUGCUUGAAUUAAGAACAUUUCUGACAGUUUUUUUUUUUUUUAAAGUAAAUAUAGAAGCUUUUUGCUUAAAAGAAGUCUUAUUUUCAGCUAGGUAUUUUUCUUAUUUCAAGAAAUCUGAGUAAAAUUUACUUGAAGCACUGACAGAUAAUUUCAAUUAUUUUUAGUAUAUUUACACUGAAAACAAGGGAAUUUUAAGUUUCUUCAGUUUUAAGGAGAUCGGUUUUUGAAGUGCAUAUGUAUAGGUUCAGGUGAUACACGGUUUGAUUCAAACCUUUGUUUUCAAAAACUACUAAAGAAACAUUUUGAAAACUUCCAGAAUGAAUGUCUGGAUUUUAUUUGCAAAAUUAGAUUGCAAUAGCUGUGUAUUAAAAUGCAAAGAAAUACAAAAUUGUGAAUCAUCUCUUCACUAUCCAGGAAUGUAAAAAAAUUAACAUCUGUCUUAAUACGACUCAGAAUUCUCUUUCUAAAUAAAUUAAAUGUAACAAAAAAAAAAAAAAAAAAACGUUUUAGUUAGGGAAUAACAAAAAUAAAUAAAAAUGGAGCCUUCCUUUAGGAAAAACACUACUUUUGUCCACAAGCACAGCCAAACUCAACAAAAAAUGAAAGCUCCUUUGGGCUGCUUCAAGACCACAUAAGCAAAUCAUCAGCCAAUCAAACGUGCGUCUAAGGGGAAAAAACAUGGACUGGCUCAUUCAGCAAAUGAUAAGGUGGUAAAUGUAAGUCUGAAAAUAAUUCACUUAAUAAUGGUAGAGUCAAUUCUAUCGAUACAACAUAUAGGAAGACAAUCUAAAUGACCUAUAUAACUGAACAUAUUAUAUAAUGCAAAUAAGGUUGCUUAAAAGUUGAUGGGGACAAUUUGAGCAUCCUGAAAAGUUGCUAGUGUUUUGUCCCUACCGUCCCUAUGCAAACCUACACCCUUGACAUGAACACAACACCACCUGCAGCAUCCCGCCAACUCCAAUCAGUGUGUGUUUUGCGUCCUAUUUGAUUUUGUUGGCCAGUCAGGAACAAGUUUUUUAACACAACAGCACUGAAGUUGCUAAGGGGAAUCUACUCUGCGCUUGCGUUUUCUUUGAUUUAACUUUAACUUGACUUUCACUAAAACUUUUUGCUUAAAUGGUCAAGGUUGAUACUUGUUGCUGUUAAGAAUGUCACUUGCACUUUGAUAAUGCCACCGAGGACUGACUUCACUUAAGCUAAAAUUUUGUUUCAGAUUGGGGGAACAAAGGGAGAUGUCCAAAAUUGGCAUGAAUCAAUGGAUUAUUAUUAUUAUUAUUAUUUUUAAAUAUUGUCAGUUUGUCAAUGUUUAAAUGAUGAGGAUUUUGGGUUCUGGGAAUAGUUUUUACACUUCUGUGACAGGCUAAGUGAAGCGCUUUGUUUAUUGUUACAUACUUAUGCUUUUUCAAUUUUAAUGUGCCAAAACUGAAGUUGUCGAUGAAUCUACAGCAGUAUCUGUGCUUGCUACUGUUUUUUCCUGUCUUGUGUAUGAUUCAUGGACUGAAUAAAGACAAUAUUCAACCAUUA